AUGCUGAUAGAAACCCCACAAAUCGACUUGAAGUCGUUCGAACAUGCAUGCAUUAAUGUUAUAAAUAAUAAAUACUGGUUCCACGAGACAUCUGCUGAGGGAUUUCCCGGGCAAGCCUUUGCAUUGGAAAUUGAAAAGAUAUUGUACCAUAUCCAUUCCCAAUAUCAGGAUAUAUUAGUAUUCAAGUCAAGCACGUUUGGUAAUGUGUUGGUGUUGAAUGGGAUAAUCCAAUGUACCGAGAGAGACGAAUUUGCAUACCAAGAGCUCAUCACCCAUUUGCCAAUAAUGUGCCAUGCUAAACCAAGAAAGGUAUUAGUUAUAGGCGGUGGAGACUGCGGAGUGGUCCGUGAGCUCAUCAAACACCUCGACGAGGGAGUAGACGAAAUAACAAUGGUGGAAAUCGAUGACAUGGUUAUUAAGUUACUGGCCAAAUUCUUACCAGGAAUGGCCAAGUUCCACAAUCACCCUCGCGUCAAUAUUAUCAUCGACGAUGGUUUUAAGUACUUGAAAUCGCUCUCUACACAGACACACGAUAAGUACGAUGUCAUUAUUACUGACUCUUCUGACCCUGAAGGUCCUGCGGAGGACUUCUUUCAAACAAACUACUUCAAGUUGUUAUCUAACGCAUUGAACCCGGAUGGAAUUGUCAUAAUGCAAAGUAGUGAAAAUAUAUGGUUGAACAUUAACUACUUGAAACAAUUAAUGCAAAAGGCUAAGCAGGUAUUUGCUAAUGUCGCAUACAGUCAAUGCUACAUGCCAAGCUACACCAGUGGCCAAUUGGGAUUAAUAGUCGCUACAAACGACACAUCUAAUGUCCUCAAUAUUCCGACCAGAACAUUUUCCGCGGAUAAGGAACUCGAGUUGUUCAAGUAUUACUCGAGCAGCGUCCACCAAGCAUCAUUCGUGUUACCUACAUGGGCUAAUAAAACUCUUAAUCAUAACUAG